GUCCUGAGGAAUGUAACUGCCCAUCUAACAACGUCUUGUUGGCCAUAAUUGGGGUUCUUGCCCUCACAGUCCUUCUUCUAAUUAUUUACAUAAUCUGGCUACAUAAGAAAGGCGCUGUAGGGAAACAGAGAAAUUAUGAAGAUGAAAGAAGUGUUUGCGACAAUGAAACAGGAUUAGUAGAUAUCACACCAAGUCAGCCAGAUUCAAGAAAACUCACUCAAUCUCCUGCGGAAUACAUGGAUCUCAUAGAAGUCAACAAAGAUGAUAGAGAAGCACAAAGUACCGCUACAGGUGCUGAUUACGUGCCUCUUCUUCCGUUAACACGCUGCUGGGAAGUUCCAAGACAUCACGUGACCAUAGAAAAAAUCAUUGGUAAAGGUGCUUUUGGUCAGGUUGCCAAGGGAACAGCAGUAGGACUUCCAGGGAGUCCUGAGACGACCACAGUGGCUAUUAAGAUGCUUAAAACAAACGCUAUUGAAUCGGACAAGAGAGAUCUGAUGAAAGAACUUGACACAAUGAAGCAGCUGAAACCACAUCCUUACGUCAUUAAACUUCUAGGAUGUGUUACGGACUCUGAAGAGCUGUUGGUUUUGAUUGAAUAUGUGCCUUUUGGGGAUCUGCUGGGUUACCUGAGAAAGAGCCGUGGAUUAAAAGACACUUAUUACAAAGACCCGGAUAUCAAACCACAAACAAAUCUGACGUCACAGCAGCUGAUGAGGUUUUCUUGGCAAAUUGCUGAUGGAAUGAGUUACUUGUCCGCAAAAUCUAUCAUUCACCGAGACCUUGCGGCCCGUAAUGUGUUGGUUGGACAAAAGGAAACAUGUAAAGUGACAGACUUCGGAAUGGCCAGAGAUGUGCAGCAGAAAAAUAUUUAUGAACAAAAGACUAAGGGCCGCCUUCCCGUGAAGUGGACAGCUUAUGAGGCCUUAUUGUAUGGUAAAUAUACCACCAAAAGUGACGUAUGGAGUUAUGGAGUUUUGUUGUACGAGAUUUUCACCAUAGGCGGUUCACCUUACCCACGAAUGGAUGGAAGAAAAAUUGCAAACUUACUCCAGGAUGGAUACAGGAUGCCUAAACCACAACACGUCGAUGAAAAAUUGUAUCAAAUCAUGAUGAAAUGCUGGAAUAAUGACCCAGAUGCAAGACCAACUUUCACUGAAUUGAAAAAUCAGCUUAAGGACAUGGAAACCCUACACAAGAAGCUAAUUGACAUGAAAAUGUACGACAAGCAAUUGUAUGCAAACGUCGAGGAUUUAACGGUGUAGUUAGGUACACGUCUACGGUGUAUGACCUGCUAACAUUUUGAACACUUUGCCCAGAUAAGUUUCAGGGGUUAAUCAUCGUUUCCUUACACGCUUACUUGGUAGAAAUAGCCAUGUUGCGUUUAGCAGUUAGGCUGGAACGUUGUAAUACAAUGGACUUUAUAUUCUUAAACGCUGAAACGCUUUUAUAAGUUUACCGAUAAAGUUUAAUCUCAUUUUCUCUUUAACAUAUUAAGUACUUACAUAUAUGCCUCGACACAAGCGUUUGAGUUCAGUUUAUUUUCUGGCUCAAUUCUUAGGUGAUGAUGAGAUCUCGCUCUAAAAGCCAUAGUUGUGUACAAUUUUAAUAAAUUACUUAAACAUUUUGCCGCAAAACCCGCUUGUUUUCAGGAAAGCUAAUCGUGCGCAUAAAUUGCUUUCCCCAAGACCGCCUUUACUUGCGAUACCAACUCGAAAUACUUUUAUACGGAACUCUAAUCAAAAUUAUACUUGACACAUUACUUCUGCAAGAAAGUUUGUUGUUUGCCCUAAUAGGGCGAUAGUUUUCGCGUACUAGAUACUAAUACACAACGAAACUGGUCGUAGA